GCCGGAAGAAACCAACCGAGGAAGAACGAUCUCAGUGAGAGGAAGAAGAUCACUUAGCCGUCGCAGCCAUGGGUCGAAUGCAUAGUAAAGGUAAGGGUAUCUCGGCAUCUGCAUUGCCGUACAAGCGUUCAUCUCCGAGCUGGCUCAAGACAACCCCUCAGGAUGUUGAUGAGUCCAUUUGCAAGUUUGCAAAGAAGGGUUUGACCCCAUCGCAGAUUGGUGUCAUUCUUCGUGACUCUCAUGGAAUUCCACAGGUGAAAAGUGUUACUGGAAGCAAGAUUCUGAGAAUUUUGAAAGCUCAUGGUCUUGCACCUGAGAUUCCUGAGGAUCUUUAUCAUUUGAUCAAGAAAGCCGUUGCUAUCCGCAAGCACCUUGAGAGGAACAGGAAAGACAAGGAUUCCAAAUUUAGGCUGAUUCUUGUUGAGAGCAGGAUCCACCGUCUUGCUCGUUACUACAAGAAGACCAAGAAGCUCCCACCCGUCUGGAAGUACGAGUCUACAACUGCAAGCACUCUUGUGGCUUGAGAAGAAUAUAGUUGAUCAUGUCCUUCAGGAAGGACCAUUUCAUUGUCUGCAUUGCAACUCAAAGCUCUUCUUCUUUUGAACCUAUGUAUCUGUUUUCGCUAGUUUUGAUGGGUUACAACUUGCUAUGAGAUUUUCAUUUUAGGGAACGAAUUUGUUUAUGCAAAUCUUUCAGACUGGUUAAUAUCAAUUAUCGUUUUCAGUGAGUUUUUACAGUUUAUCUCCGUCGCUAGGAGCCUUAAAGUUG